AUGGCUGCAUCGCAGUAUGCCCGCCUACGAGAGCAGACCAUGGGCUCGCACGAGGAUGAAGAGGCGGUCACAGUCAAUACCCGAGCCCUCAUCGACAAAGUACUAGCACGAUAUUCCGGAGAAUGGACGACCCUACGAGAACUAAUCCAGAAUGCCGCCGAUGCGCAGGCCAAGAAAGUCACCAUCCGUUUCGAGACAUCGCCUUCCUCCACAGUCCCCCUACCACCGAGUCGGGAUCCAUCAGAUCAUCUCCGCCAUGUCCUGCAACAUCACACCCUCAAAACGCUACUCGUCAGCAACGAUGGCGAGCUCUUCGCCGAGAAUGACUGGCAACGGCUGAAGAGGAUCGCAGAAGGCAAUCCGGACGAGACGAAGAUUGGAGCGUUCGGUGUGGGCUUCUACAGUGUGUUCGCCGACUGUGAGACGCCUUUCGUCAGCUCUGGCAAGCAGUCGAUGGCGUUCUACUGGAAGAAGGACAGUUUGUUCACACGAAGAGGCAAAUUACCUGAUGAGCAGGCGACGGAGGGUACUACCUUUCUGCUCGACUAUCGGAGUCAGACGACACCGGUGCCGCAGCUCCUAAGUCUAUGUCAGUUUCUUGCCACGAGCCUGACGUUCGUGGGGUUGGAAUGCAUAGAUUUAUACUUGGACGAAUGGAACAUCCUGAAGUUGAACAAGAAGAUGGCGCCGGGAGCUAGUGUGAGCAUACCCAAGGAGGUCAAUCCGAGAACACGAGAUGGCCUCAUGAAGAUCGUGGACGUGGAAUACCAGAAUGCUCAGAUCGAUGCGACAUGGAUGAAUGUGGUCGGGUGGAAUAGAACAGUACCCUCUGCCACAGCCAUCGCGGUGCCUUCACAAAACGACACAUCAGGUGGCUCGUUACGGAAUUGGUUCAGUCGGUUCACAGCAGGUACUGGAACGACGAAUGCGGUCACGAAACGGGCACAACGAGACGAGGAGGUGUUGCAGCAGGCAUUGUAUGUGGACUUGGCGGGAUUCAGCCAGGCGACCGUUUUCUUACGACUCAGCACUGUCAAUGUGCAGACGUAUGUCAGCAAGCAGCUAUCUGCCGAGCUCGAACGUGCGACCAAGAAACCGCCGCCAAAACACACACGUAUAGCGAUCUUGACUUCCUCAUACGACGAAUCUUCGGCAGCAGUCGCAUCAGGAGCCGGCUCCGCACAAUCGAGCGCCAUCUUCUCCUCCGUUCUACCAACCAAGAAUGGCAAGAUCUUCAUCGGCUUCCCUACCGCACAAACCACAGGUCUUCUGGCACACAUCUCAGCCCCAUCCGUGAUCCCCACCGUCGAACGCGAGUCCAUCGAUCUCAACGCCCGAUAUGUCCGUGACUGGAACGUGGAAAUGUUACGUGUAGCUGGUAUCGCCUGCCGAAUAGCAUAUACAGGUGAGAUGGCCGAGCUGAAAGCCAAGCUUGAGCGCACAAUGUUCGCCAACGGCCGGAAGAAGGUUUCGAAGGACGACAUUGCUGCUGUGAUGCCUGCGGCUGUGCAUGCUUAUAAGCAGUAUAAUUACGAUGAAUCCACUCCUUCGGCAAAAGUGGGACAGUAUAUCGAGGAGGCAUUCUGGAUGUGUAACCAGAAGGCUAGUAUUGAUGUCUUGAGUACGAGAGGUGUGCUGCCGAGUCAGCAGGUCAGAGUCGCGACGGAGGAAUUGAGCUUUGUUGAGGGGAUACCUGUCGUGCCGGAUGAGCUGAUGGAGAAGGCGAAUGCUUUCUUGCAGAAAUUAAGGGAUUUCGGAUUGCUAUCCGACAUUACGACCACGGAUAUCAAGAAAGAGCUCGAGGCGCAGGCUUUGACUGAACAGCAAGUCACGGAGCUGGUGAAGUGGGCGUGUGGUAAAGUGUCGAGGGAGGAACUGGAUACGCAGGCUAUACGGCACCUUUUCGAUGGCACUGUGGCGGGCAUCAGCGAGGAGUACAUUAAUGUCUCUUCCAGCCCUGUCAUACAGCUUGGCGGCGUGCAGAGUUUCGUCAAUGUGGCCAAGAUUCCUGCUGAGAUGCCUACGCCGCCUCAGACGAUUCCUUUCCGGCUGACGAAGGGUCUAAGUCCGAAACAACUCGAAUCGAUUGGAUGGGAAGAGCUGCAGAUUGUGCCAUGGCUUCGAUGGAUCAUCGAAAGCGACGGGCACGGGUUUGGUGGACGACAGACUUUGACUGCUACACCUGCCGUGGCUUCACAAGUCCUACCCGUGGUCUCGAAGUCGUGGGAUGGGUUAUCAGUGUCUAGCAAGCAGACCGUCACCGAGCUCCUAGUCCCUCGCACCGUCAUCCCGACGAAACUCGGCAUGCGCAAACCACCUCAAGCCUACUUCGGCAGCGUCAAGCUCUUCGACGACCUCCCCACCAUCACCGGCCUCCAAGGCACAAAGGAGAAAUUCCUUAGCGCCCUCGGCGUACGGAAAACAGUCGAGCUCAACGUCGUCUUCGAACGCCUUAUGGCCAAGUCAGCCGCCGGCGCCACGGAGGAAGGAAAAUGGAGCCAUGUGGACCUAAUCAAAUACCUCGUCUCAGUCAAAGACGACAUCCCCCAAGAAGACCUUAAGAAGCUCCGCGCCACCCCCAUCUGCCCCGCCGAAGUGCAAUCCGCCGACCAAAAAAAUAAAGCCAAACUCCACAAACUCUCCGACCUCUUCGAGCCCUCCGAAGCGAUACGAAAACUCGGCCUGCCAAUUCUCCAAUGGCCCGGUGCGCCCUACCGUCCCCAAAGCCCCGAAGCCCGCUUCCUCAAACUCCUGGGUCUGCAACCCUACCCCUCAGUCCCGGACCUCGUGCAAAUCCUCUCCAAAGCCCCCAUGGGCAGCGAACUCCAACAGAGCGCGCUAAACUACCUCAUCGUGCACAAUUUCGCCAACAACUACCAUCAGUUCAACAUCUCGGGUGUCGAAACGGCUUUCCUCCCUGUUCAUCCUUUUCCCGGCGAAGGGGCGAACUUGGUCGCGAAGCCGAGACAGUGUUUUGCUAAUCCUCGUGCGGCGGUGCUGAGGUUUCGGACGUUAAGGGAGGAUUUGGUACCGCAUGCUGCUAUGCUUGGGGUGGCGCAGGAUCCGGGGAUUGAGGUGGCGGCGGAGAGGUUGGUGAAGGGUCCGCCGGCUACGGUGGAGAGUGCGAGGGUGUUGUUUGGGUAUUUCGCUAAUCGGUUGGGGGAGAUUGGACCGAAUGGGAACCUGGCAGAGAGGUUGGGGGAGGCGCUUAUUGUGCCGAUUAUUGAUAGGACGGAGAAGCGGCCUGAGGGGGUGCGGUUCGUGACGCCGAGGGCUUGCUUUUUGGGGGAUAGUUCGACGUAUGGGGAGAUUUUCGACUUUGUGGAUUUUGGGCCCGAGGCGAAUUCUUUUCUGUUGCGGGUGGGUUCUAAGCAUGAGCCUAGUGCGGCGGAGAUUGCGGGUAUGGUUGUGAGUUCGCCUGCGCGACUGCUCGAGACAUUGGGGGCGGAGAAGUAUUUGCAGCUUUUACGCAAGGUCGCCGAGUCCGCGGCUGGACUGAAGAAGGAUAAGGCAUUGUGGCAGCAGUUGAAGCGGUCGGCUUGUUUGCUUGCGGUGAAGGAGGUUGUGAAGGUUUUGCCGGGGAAGGAGAAUGAGAAGGUCAGGGAGGUGGAUGAGGAGGAGAUUUAUAUCAAGGAGUAUUCGCUCGCUUCUGCCCUGGGGAUGGUUAUCGUGGAUGACUUUGCGACUUAUCGGCUGUUUCAGCAAUUGCUGCUCACAGCACCGCAGGAAGAAGUCCUGGAGAAUCUGUAUUCUGCUCUCGAGACACCAUGGCUCAGCAAACUCGUCGAGGAUGAUCAGAGGAUGGGUGCGCUGCUUAGGGAUCAGAGCGCAGCGGCUAAACUGCAGAAACUGAUUGUGGAGCGCUGUCGCUUGUUCCUGCAUGAUCACACCAGCGAUGUCAUUAGACAUGAUGCUCGCUGGCUCGAACAGAACCUCAAUGUCAAAGUCACAGAGUUCCUGCAGAUCACCCGGCGACUUCAAGGCUACAAGAUGCACUUUGUUGAGAGGAGAACAGCUGCUCUGCAUCGUGAGAGUAAGAGGGAUGCUACGCUUUAUGUUACUGCGCAGUAUGAUCUUUACGAGGUCAGCAGGGCUAUCAUGAGUUUGUUGUUGAAGCGGCCGAGACAGCAGGAUUAUCUUGCUUUGGAGACGAUCUUGGAGUCGGAGCUUAGGAGGCUCAGGACGAAGGGGUAUAAUGUCGAUCGGAUCUUACGACAACGAGCGGCGGAGUCGAGGAUUGCGGAGAGUGAACGCGUGAAGCGGGAGGAGGAGCAGCGGCGGUUGCUUGAGAGUCAGGCUAUGCCACAGCAGCAGCAGCAGCAGCAGGAUUCGAAGGCUUUGGUCGUUGGUAAUGGAGCUGGUGGCAAGGCGCCGCAGAUGGAUACUCAGCCUCCAGAGACUCCGGAGAGGCAGUUGGCCAUGCCGGGUGGGUUUGCCGACUCGCCUGAGCAAAGACCCGAGAGUAGUCGUGGCAAGAAAGGUGUCUUCAGUAAUAUCACCAAGGCUCUCGGUAUCAACCAAGGAAGCCAAGCAGGCCAGCACAUGCAGAAUCUCCUCGGUAACGGCCAAAGCAGCCACGACCUACCUCAAACCGACCUCCCACCCCCCUACGAACCCCGCGACCCCAACAUCCGCCGCCAAAUCACCAGCGGAACAGAACAAGUCUCCUCCCCCCGCGACCUCCAACAGAACCUCCUAUCCGCCAUCAAAGCCACGCGCCCCUACAACUCCACCUCCCUCUUCACCCCGCCCGAAACAAACGAAAUCAAAGAAACCCCCUCCUACUGCGACAGCAAACCCGGCCACGACCUCCAACUCAUCACGGAACUGCAGGGCGGAAUAAGACUCUUCCUGACCCGCUCCUCAAACCGCGACCCCAACGUCUUCCUCCGCGACCACCACACCAGUCUAACCCACUUCACCCACCUCCUAACCCAACUCAGCCACAUCUUCACCUUACCCGCCACCGUCCUGAAUAUCUUCCACGAUAUCUCCGGCUCCGCCAUAGCCUUCAAUUCUAAUGGCUCCAUCUUCUGUAAUCUCCGGUACUUUGAACAAUUACAUCUCGAUGGAUUUGUGUCCGGGGAGGUGGAGGGGAAGGUGGAGGCCGGGGCGUAUUGGUGGAUUACGUUGUGUCACGAGUUGGCGCAUAAUUUGGUUGCGGAGCAUAGUUCGGCGCAUGAGUUUUAUACCGAGAGUUUUUGCGUGAGGUUUUUUGGGGGGAUGGUUGGGUGGGUGGGGAGGGAGAUGGGGGGUUCUGGUGGUGCUGGGGGUGGGACUGGAGGGGUGGUGGCGAGGCGGUGA